AUGCGCCUCGCCGCGGCCUCGCCUGGCUUCCUGUCCAUCCAGGUGACCGCCGCCCGGGUUCCCAGGCUGUGCCCUCGGGUGGGCGAGGAUUUGGGAACCUGUGGGGUGCACGUCGACCGGACGGGCUGGCGUCAAGUGUGCGUGCCUGUGUGAUCUAGUGUCCGGGCCGAGGCUCGAGCGCGACUGCCGAGCCCGCGGCGCGGGGCCUGAUUGUUGGGCGGGCAGCGGUGGCGGCGAAGGGGCAACGGAACCCGGGCGGGCGGUGGCUUCCUUGGCAGCCAGGCCGGUGCUCGCUGGACGGUCCACCAUCGACAAUCUCUACACUUUUCCAAGAGCAGCAGAAAAUGAACAAAUUGCAGGGGCCAGUGUCAUUCAAAGAUGUGGCUGUGGACUUCACUCAAGAGGAGUGGCAGCAGCUGGAUCCUGAAGAGAAGAUGACAUACAGGGAUGUGAUGUUGGAGAACUACAGCAACCUUGUCUCUGUGGGGUAUGAUGUAACCAAACCAAAUGUGAUCAUUAAAUUGGAGCAGGGAGAAGAGCCAUGGACAAUAGAAGAUGACUUCCCCUCUCAAAGUCAUUCAGAAGUCUGGGAAAUUGAUGACAUAGUUGAGAGAAUCCAAGAAGAUGAAAACCAACAUUCAAGGCAAGCUGGUGAUGUGCACAGCCAAACCCUGAUGGACAACAGAAGAGAUGCAUUUGAUGAAACUUAUGUGGAUACACACUGUGUUCUUUCAGACAUAAAUGCUCACAGUUGUGUUUCCUGUGGGGAGAAUUUAGAAUCUAUUUCAGAAUUAAUUAGUAGUGAUGGAAGCUAUGCCAGAAAGAAAACUGAUGAGUGUAAUGAAUGUGGGAAAAGUUGUCAUGGAGAAAAAUCCUAUGAGUUCAGUCAAAAUGGGGACACCUGUUGUCAAAGUGAAGAAAACAUUCUGCAGAAACCCUUUGAAUACGAGUGCAUGGAAGCCUUAGACAGGGAAGCUGUUUUCAUUGCUCAUGAGAGAGCUUAUAUGGGGGAGAAGCCCUAUGAAUGGGAUGAUUCUGGACCAGAUUUCAUCCAGAUGUCAAAUUUUAAUGCCUAUCAGAGGUCACAGAUGGAAAUGAAGCCCUUUGAAUGCACAGAAUGUGGAAAGUCCUUUUGCAAAAAGUCAAAAUUUAUCAUUCAUCAGAGGGCUCAUACAGGAGAGAAGCCCUAUGAAUGUAAUGUAUGCGGGAAGUCCUUUAGUCAAAAGGGAACCCUCACUGUACAUAGGAGAUCACACUUAGAGGAGAAGCCCUAUAAGUGUACUGAAUGUGGGAAAACCUUCUGUCAGAAGUUGCAUCUCACACAGCAUCUGAGAACCCAUUCAGGCGAGAAGCCCUAUGAAUGUAAUGAGUGUGGGAAAACCUUCUGUCAAAAGACACAUCUCACCCUACACCAGAGAAACCAUUCAGGGGAGAGGCCAUAUCCAUGUAACGAAUGUGGGAAGUCCUUUUCCCGUAAGUCAGCCCUCAGUGACCAUCAGAGAACGCACACAGGAGAAAAACUUUAUAAAUGUAAUGAGUGUGGGAAAUCCUACUACCGAAAGUCUACUCUUAUUACACAUCAGAGAACACACACAGGAGAGAAACCCUAUCAGUGUAGUGAAUGUGGGAAAUUCUUUUCUCGGGUAUCAUACCUCACCAUACAUUAUAGGAGUCAUUUAGAAGAGAAACCUUAUGAGUGCACUGAAUGUGGCAAAACUUUCAAUUUAAAUUCAGCCUUCAUUAGGCACCGGAAAGUACACACAGAAGAGAAACUCCAUGAGUGUAGUGAAUGUGGAAAGUUCUCUCAGCUUCCAUGUCUCAAUGAUCAUCAUACAACCCAUUUAGAAGAGAAACCCUAUGAAUGUAAUGAAUGUGGGAAAACCUUCCUUGAAAAUUCAGCCUUCAGUGAGCUCCAGUCACUUCCAAAAGGGGAGAAAACCUAUGAAUGUAAUAUAUGUGGGAAAUCAUUCUCUGAUUUGUCAUACUACACCAUACAUUACAGAGGUCAUGCAGAAGAGAAACCCUUUGGAUGCAAUGAAUGUGGGAAAACCUUCUCCCAUAACUCAUCCCUUUUUAGACAUCAAAGAGUACACACGGGUGAGAAGCCCUACGAAUGUUACGAAUGUGGAAAAUUCUUUUCUCAGAAGUCAUACCUGACUAUUCAUCAUCGGAUUCAUUCAGGAGAGAAACCCUAUGAAUGUAGUAAAUGUGGGAAAGUCUUCUCUCGAAUGUCGAACCUCACUGUACACUACAGAAGCCAUUCAGGAGAGAAACCCUAUGAAUGUAAUGAGUGUGGGAAAGUCUUUUCUCAGAAGUCAUACCUCACUGUACAUUACAGAACUCAUUCAGGAGAGAAACCUUAUGAAUGUAAUGAAUGUGGGAAAAAAUUCCACCACAGAUCAGCCUUCAAUAGCCAUCAGAGAAUUCAUAAAAGAGGGAAUAUGAAUGUACUCGAUGUGGAAAACCUCUGAAGUAAAAUCUCAAUUUUUAGAAAAAUAAAUAUGGGAAAUCCAAUAUUGUUCAUCUGAGUGUUCAUGCUCCUGAAUGGGGAAAUGCACUGAGUUGCUAGAUCCAUUUUAAUCUGAAUUUUCAAAGAAGAAUCCCUAAAAGUGCAACAAAAGCAAAUCCUUCAGCAAGACCAUACAGCUCAUGGGACACCAGAUAACUUAUACAGAGGAGGAAUUUUACAAAUAUUUAAUAUUUAUUUUGGAUUUAAAGUGUAUUUACAUAUCAGGGAAUCAUACUAAGGAGAAAUAUGUCAAUAUGAUGAAUGUGUAAAACAUUAUCUUGGAAGUUGUAAUGCCAAAAGCCAUAUUUCUAAUGUAGAAACAAGUGUUUAUAGGAAAGAUACCAGAAGCCCUCAGCUUUGAAUUCAUUGCAUAAAAUGAAGUUUAAAAAUCAUUAAGAGUUAAUUGAUCAUGAGGACAAUAGCAUUAAAUAAAUAUAUGGCAUUUAUUAUCAUGUUUUAAAAUGCAGUUUAAUGGUAGUUCUAUGCAAUUUUAUGCAAGUUUGGAUUUGCGUGAUUUUAUGAAAAGUCAGUAUUUCUUGAGUAUUAGAAUGGCAAAAUGUACUAUUAAGACAUAUUGUCAGUGAGAUAAUAUUUGAUAGUUACAAAAUAAAAAAGUACAUAAUUUUCUAUUCUUUUUUUUUUAAGAGAGAGAGAGAGACAGACAGACAAUUUUUCAAUAUUUAUUUUCUAGUUUUCGGCGGACACAACAUCUUUGUUUGUAUGUGGUACUGAGGAUCGAACCCAGGUCACACGCAUGCCAGGCGAGCGCGCUACCGCUUGAGCUACAUCCCCACCCCAAAUUUUCUAUUCUUUAGAUGAAUUUGCAAGUGGGAUUUUAGUGAAUGCUUGCCUCAUCAGUACAGGGGAGAGUGAUUUUUGUAGUUUUCAACUGUACUUGAGCAAAAAAAAAAAGAAAAAGAAAAUCUAAAAACACUUGAUAAACUAUGCAUUCAUUAUUUGGAGUUGAAGUUUCAGUGAAAGAGAAACUGCACCGUUCGUAUAUACAAACUAUCCCAACUCCCAUAUACCACUCUUGUUUUCUAAUCCACAGAUUUUGAGGUAUGUCAAGUGCCAGUAUUAUGUAAUUCAGAAAUUUUGUCCACAUUUUUAUCUCAUCAAAAUAUGGCAUCAUUUUGAGUUUUUACUCUUAUUCCCAGUAUUUCAGAACAAAUCUCUGAGUUUUUAGCAGUCAAUUUUUGGUUCAUUAACUUAAGUGUUCUUUCCUCAUUCCUGCUAGAAGUGUUUGGCUACCCACUAUUUUUUUAUAUGACAUAGAUAGUAAAUCCUGAUUAUUCUAAGCCAAUAGUGACAAUUCCACUCUAAUUGCCAGUAUAGUAGUAGGGGACAUGAUCCUGAACAGAUGCCUGAGACAGUGAAUACUACCAAACCCUUAUAGGUACUUUGAUACUGCUAACAGUCUAUGUGAUUACCAUGAUGGCUGCAGGUAGCAUAUGCAUUGUGGUUCACUGGACAAAGCAAUGAUUCACUUCCCAGGCAUGAUCGAGCAAGUUAAUCACUGAGUGUUACACAGCUUAAAGCUUAGGAAUUAUUUCUAAAAUUUUUCAUUUAAUGUUUUUGAACUGUAAUUGAUCCCAAAAACCUCAGGUGUGGAGGGAUUUCUGUAACUUGUUUAUAGUGCUCACAUGACCCACACCUGAACAAACAAAAUGGAGAUGGAUUUGUUCUGGAAAAUGAAUUUAUUCCUAGCAAUGUCAUACUCCAAGAAUGCAAGGUAACUAAAUAUUCAAAAGUGAGGAUCUGAUGACUAGUAGUUUGCUUGCCUAGCAAGCAUAAGGACCUGGUUUCAAUACCUCAGCACCACCAAAAAAAUAAAGAAGAAGAAAUUUAAAAAAAACUGUGAUCACAUGAAGAAAAGUGGUCUGGUAUGUAGGAAAUAAAUGUGAUAAAAUUAAUAUCCACUAUGAUCUUGGCUAAAUACAAUUGAACUUCCUUAAUUGGAUAAAGAAUAACUUAAACUACAACAAACAGCAUACUUAGUGAUAAAAUGAAAUUUUCUCCCAAGAUGAAAAUAUAGAUGAGGAUAUUCACUGUCUCCAAUUUUUAUUCAACAUUAUGUAGGACGACCUAGCCAGGAAAGUAAGGCAAGUACAGCAAAGGCAUAAGGAUUGGAAGGGAAGUAAAACCUCUUCAGAUAAUGGGAUUUUGCACAUAGAAUAUUCUGAGAGAUAGAAUUAAUAAAUUGAGGGCUGGGGAAGUAGCUCAGUGGCAGAGUGCAUGCCUAGCAUGCAUCAGGCCCUGAGUUUGAUCCCCAGCUCUGGGGAAAAAAAAAAAAAAAGCAAGGUCCCUGAACCUGAGGUCAUAUUGCAAAAAUUCUCUUUCACUAUACCAGCAAAUAAAAUAAAAAAUUUAAAAGCAAUACCACUUAAAAAAUCCUCAAGUGCCUAAGGGAAAAUUUAACAUUUUCAAGAAUUUUUAUCUAGGAAAAAAAUCAUAGCACAGUGAGAGGGAUGUAUUUUGUUUGCAGAUUUCAGGAUAAAGUUUUCCCUAAAUCAUAUUCAGUGCAAUCUUAAAAUCCUAGAAAGUUCUUUAAUGGAAAUUAGCAAGCUAAUUUGAAAGUUUGUAUGAACAGUCAAGAGGGCCAAUAGUAGUCAAGGCUGUCUUGGAAAACAGAACUGGAGAAUUUUUAUUCCCUUGUACCAAUGCCUGCUAUAAAGCCAUUGAAUUAUGAUAGUGUGAUACUGGCACAAAGGAAACACCAACUGAACAGAAUAUAGGGGUUCUAGAAAUAGACCCAUACAUACACAGUUGUGCAAAAAUGAUGGAGAAGUGCACUGGGGAAAAGGUUAUUCUUUCCAAUAAAUGGGUUUUUUCCCAUCAAGUUGCAUAAUUUUAACAAAACGGAGAAAUCAGUUUUGGAUAGUUUAUAGAUCUAAAUAUGAAAUGUAUGUUUUAUUAAUAAGACCUCAGAAUCUUAAAGCCUUAGAUUAAGCAAAGUUUUCUUAGGAUCCAAAAGCAUUAAACUAUAAAAGUUUUGUUAAUUUGAAUAUACUAACUUUAAGAACUUGUUAUCAGACACCAUUACGAAGGUGAAUAGGAAACUAAAAUGUACAAGAUAUAUGUGUCUUCAUAUAUGUGACAAUUGAGUAGAAAAAGCGUGGGUACUUUUUUAAAAAUGAGGAAUCAGUAAAUAUUUUGGGCUUUGUCAUACCUGCCCAACUAUUUGUUAGUUGCUAUUUAGUAUGAAAGCAGCCAAAUAUACUUCAUAAUUAAACGUGCACAGCUGUUUCCCAGUAAAGCUUUAUUCACAAGCACAGGGGACAGGAUUUGCCCUACAUCCUGUGGCUUUCUUGUGUUUUCUCUGGAAUAUAAAGGAACAAAGGGGAACAUGGGCAAAAGAUCUGGUUGUCCGCUUCUCAAAAAACAACAUCCAGAGAUGACCAGUAACCCUGAAAAGAUUUUAGCUUUGUUAGUAAUCAGGGAAAUGGAAAUUUUAAAUAAUAUUACUACUACUACCACCCUCUGAGAUGGUUAAAAUUGAAGGCAUGAGAAAGCACGAGGUUUAAUAAGCACGUAAGCAACAGGAACUCUACUGUACUAGUGAAAUUGCUCUCUGAUAAAAACUGUUUUGGAAAGUUGGCACUUAACAGCUAAACAUGGGUAUAGCCCUUACCCAGGUCAGGCAGAUAUGCACAUGUGUGUCCACCAAAGGACAUAUGCUUGAAUAUGCAUACUAUGAAACUGCAAGAAACCCCAGAAUUAUCUUAAGAUGUAAUUAAGUUGAAUAAAGUGGUAUUUUUUCACAGCAAGAUACUGUAGGGCAUUGAGAAUGAUUGAACUUUUAAGUCCACAGAGCAAUGUUGCUGAAUUUCACAAUUCUGAAUAAAAAGUCCAGACAUGCAAGUAGACUACAUGAUGCUACAUAAAGUAUGAGGACAGGCAAAAUUUGUCUAUGCAGUUGGAAAUCCAUAGCCUCAGCCAGUGUUUAAUAGGGGUGUUUAUCUGGUGCUGAUAAUUGUUUCUAAAUCUGGAUGCUGAAUGUCUGUUCUGAGCUAUUUACUUAAGAGGUGUAUUUUUCUGCAUGUAUAUUACACUUUGAUAAAAAGUUUUUUUGUAAACCAAAUGGCUAGUUCACUCUUUCAAGAUAUUUUUCUAAAUGUAUGUGAAUAUGCUACAUAACAGGAAUUAAAUGGUAGAUUUUGCAUAAUUCUGUGUAGGAAAUACUCUAUAGUAGUUUUAAAGGUGUCUACUAAGAUUUCCUACACGGUGUCCUUAAAGCUUACCUUGAUGUAUAUUUUAAGGAAAAGGUUAAAUGGUCAUUACAUAUUUUGUCAUUCCACACUUUUGCAUAUAUAAUAUGAAUCUGAGCUGCCUCUUCAAUAAAGAAGCUAAUGUGUACCAUUUCA